ACAACGCCAGCACCGCAGCUCUGUCGCCGUCUUCACCUAUCGCCGCCGACUGGUUUCCUCCUAACAUUCCUUUCUGUUUCCUCCUCUCUCGUCACGCCCAGCAAAACACAUUACACCCAUCUGAAUCAAGAAGCUAACGGAUCCUCGACUGAAAUGAAUAUUUCAAUCUCGCUCCUGAUGAAGAUAUCCCUCUGAGCUAAACAUUCCAUGUCUUCUCUCCGCUCUUCCCCCCAAUUCCUUAAAAAUCUCAACCCCCUCUCGCCGCCGGUCGCCCCCAAAGCCUUCUCCGGAUCUCGGAAAGCCGCCGCCACGCUGUUAAAACCAAGGGCCCGCAGAUUCCCCAAUCCAAAACCCUCGGCCGGAAAACCUAACCCCGAGCCAAAACUCUAUUCGUCGGAAAAAAUCAGAACGGUAUACAAGAUUUUGAAAUAUUCCACCUGGGAUUCAGCUCAAGAACAACUCCCGACCCUCCCGUUCAAAUGGGAUUCCUACACAGUCAACCAGGUCCUCAAAACUCACCCCCCCAUGGAAAAAGCUUGGCUCUUUUUCAACUGGGCAUCCGGGAGGAAGAAUUUCAAGCACGACCAGUACACAUACACGACGAUGCUUGAUAUCUUUGGGGAAGCCGGGAGGAUUUCAUCCAUGAUGUAUGUUUUCGAUCAGAUGAAGGAUAAAGGUAUAAAGAUCGAUGCCGCCACUUAUACUUCGCUAGUGCAUUGGGUGUCUAAUGAUGGAAAUAUCCAGAGAGGGAUUGAGCUCUGGAAGGAGAUGAAGGCAAAGGGCUGCCGCCCGACGGUUGUUUCAUACACGGCUUUUAUGAAGAUUUUGUUCGAUCACAAGAGAGAAAGUGAGGCUUGUGACGUGUAUAAGGAGAUGCUUGAUUCGGGGCUUUCGCCUAAUUGUCAUACGUACACUGUCUUGAUGGAGUAUCUUGCUAACUCUGGAAAAUUCAUCGAGGCCAUGGAGAUAUUUAACAAAAUGCAAGAGGCCGGCGUGCAGCCCGAUAAAGCUACGUGCAACAUUUUGAUCGAAAUUUGUUGCAGAACAGACGAAACGCGGACAAUCACGAGAAUACUCGAGUACAUGAAGAACAAUUUCAUUGUCCUACGCUAUCCCAUAUAUCAAAAGGCAAUCGAGGCUUUCGAAACUGCCGGGGAGUGUGAUAUGCUUCUUAAACAAGUCCAUCCACAUUUUUCCAAACAACACUCUUCAACUGAUUCAAAUCACGAUUCAGUUACACAAAAUAACGAGUUUGACCUAGAGAAUGGGCUCGUUUUGUUGUUGAUAAGCAAGCAGAAUCUUGCUGCUGUCGACUCGGUACUUGCUGACAUGGCAGAAAAGAAGAUACCUUUAGAGGCUAGAGCGAUCUCAAGGAUUAUUGAGGUAAACUGUGCUCGUAACAGAAAAAAUGGUGCUCUAUUGGCUUAUGAGUACAGUGUGAAAUCGGGUAUAGACAUUGAAAGAGAUUCUUAUCUUGCCCUGAUAGGCUUAUCCAUUAGAUUAAAUUCGUAUCAGAAAGUUGUGGAGAUUUUCGGGAAGAUGGUCGAGCGUGGUUUUUCGCUCGGGACCCACUUAAACUCUCUCCUCAUACACCGUCUUGGCUGCAGCCGGAAAACUGCCUCUGCUAUAAAGAUAUUUGAUUUAUUGCCCGAUAGAGAUAAGAGUACAGCUGAGUAUACUGCUUUAAUAAGUGCUUAUUUCUCUUCUGGGAAUGAUAAAAAGGGACUCGAGACGUUCGGAAUUAUGAGAAGUAAGAGUUUUAGUGUUACGUUGGGGACUUUAAGCGUGUUGAUUGCCGGUCUUGAAAAAUGCGGUAAAUAUCGUGAGGUGGUAUAUUAUAGAAAAGAAAAGAAGCGGGUGCAGAUGGAAAGAUGUUCAUUAAAUAUGACGAUGGAGGAAAAAAUAUGCGAUCUUUUAUUUGCUGGUGAUUUUGUUGCUAGUCGUGCAAGAUAGUUGGGACAAGGAAUUGCAUACGCUGCUUGUUCUUUGUUUCUGUUGGCCUGGCCUUACCUUCUGAAUAAGGGGCCAUUCGGCAAACGGCCAUUGUUGAGUAUAUAAGAACCUUCGAUCAGUCGUCUGUAACAUUAGAGAAAGCUUCUUAGGAUGAAAUGGAAAUACAGACAGAGCGCUGCUGCUGCUGCCAGCUCGAGGCUUGAGGCAAAAUAGUGGAGCACAAGUUGGUGUUAUGAGUUAUGGAGCAAUAUAUAUGAUGAAGAUCUUUGAGAGCAUAUGCUUCCUAAAUUAGCCAAGCCCAUACCCAUUUGAGGAAGAUGACCAAAAUUCAUGACAUCCCAAAAGGCAAAAAAUUAUGAGGUGCAACAUUUAUCACCCAAUCUUUUGCCCUUUUAUUCUGUUUGGAUUUUAGAACCAUGGUUGGAUAUAUCAUCAUGUAUCAACUUUGUUGUGUUUGGAGAUUUGUUAUUG